UCUGCUGAUCUAAGCCAGCCCGGAGGCGGAGACGGACCAGGACCUAAAGUAAGAUACGUUCCUCCCCACGCUCGUAAGCAGGGGAGCGGAGGUCAAGAGGAAAGGUACGACAGCAGGGGCGGCGGAGGAGGCGGAUACAGGAACGGUGGAGGAAGCGGAGGAAAAGUAUGGGAUGAUACUAGGGGAUCAUAUGUUAGAGAUAGUGGUCGCGACGGCUAUCGAGAUGACCGUGGUGGGCCUAGCCGAGGCGGUGGUGGCAACUGGGGUGACCGUGACGGUGGAAACAGGAACGGUGCGCUGCCGACCAACGACCGUUGGAAGGAGCCCCCUCGUGACAGUUAUAAUAGCCGCGACGGUGGAUAUGGUGGCGGGGUAAGCAACGGCGGUGCCCGUCGUGACGACCGUGGCCGAAGCAACGAAGCUGAGGACUGGACGAAACCUUUGCCGAGGAACGAGAGACUGGAGCUCGAACUCUUUGGAACCGGACAUGGUCCAAGUGGAAUUAACUUCGACCGUUACGAGGAUAUCCCUGUUGACGCGACCGGUAACGAUGUCCCGAAAGGAAUCGAUUCCUUUGAAGAUGUCACACUCACGCCGAUUAUCCAAGCUAACAUAGAGCUAGCUCAGUAUACCAAACCUACCCCUGUCCAGAAAAAUUCAAUUCCCGUGAUUCUGGGAAAACGUGAUCUGAUGGCGUGCGCCCAAACCGGUUCCGGUAAAACCGCGGCGUUCCUUGUUCCAAUCCUCAACAGGAUUUUCGAAGACGGACCAGCCCCCGGCCUCAGCGGGAAUGUUGGAGGAGGAUACGGGCGAAGGAAGCAGUAUCCAUUCGCCCUUGUGCUCGCUCCUACAAGAGAAUUAGCGACACAAAUUUACGAUGAAGCGAGAAAGUUCGCUUAUAGAUCCAGGGUGAAACCCUGUGUUGUAUAUGGAGGAGCUAAUGUAGCAGAUCAAAUGAGAGAUUUAGACAAGGGUUGUCAUCUACUAGUGGCUACUCCUGGUCGUCUUGUAGAUUUCCUAGAGAGGGGGAAAAUAUCCUUGGAAUUCUGCAGAUAUCUUUGUCUGGAUGAAGCUGAUAGAAUGUUGGACAUGGGGUUCGAACCUCAGAUCCGUAGAAUUGUGGAGAAGGAUAACAUGCCUAAACCAGAGAAUCGUCAAACUCUUAUGUUCUCUGCAACCUUUCCCAAGGAGAUCCAGAUGCUGGCCAGGGACUUCCUGAAGGACUACGUGUUCUUAGCGGUCGGUAGGGUCGGCUCCACCAGCGAGAACAUCACACAGAAGAUUGUUUGGGUGGAGGAACAGGAUAAACGAUCCUUCCUCCUGGAUUUGAUGGAUGCUGCUGGUUUAGCAGAGAAGAGCGCUGAUGGAUCGGCAAGUCGUACCCUGGUGUUCGUUGAAACUAAGAAGGGAGCUGAUCAGCUCGAUGAGUUCCUUUACCAGGAGGGAUUCCCUGUCACCAGCAUACACGGAGAUAGGACGCAGAGGGAGAGAGAGGAGGCACUCAAGAGAUUUAAGUCAGGACAAACUCCUAUCAUAGUCGCUACCGCUGUCGCUGCUCGAGGAUUAGAUAUUGCUAACGUGAAGCACGUUAUCAACUACGACAUGCCCAGCGACGUCGAAGAAUACGUUCACAGAAUUGGUCGAACUGGUAGAAUGGGAAAUCUGGGUUUGGCGACCUCCUUCUUCAAUGACAAGAACAGGAACCUGGUGAAGGACCUGGUAGAACUGAUUGUUGAGUCAAACCAAGAACUGCCCAGCUGGCUGGAGGCUAUGUCCCUGGAGAACCGAGGUUACCAACCCAACCGCCGCGGCGGAAAGGGUGGUAAAUUUGGCGGAUCCGGAUUCGGCGGAAAGGAUUACAGAUUCGAGAACGGAGGCCGUGGUGGUGGCGGAGGAGGACGAGGUGGAGCAGGCGGUGGACGAGGAGGUGGUGGAUAUGGUGGGGGUGGCGGCGGAUGGGGAACUUCUGGAAGCGGAGGAGGAGGCGGAAGCAACUGGAGCGGACCUGCUGCUGCUCGAAACAACUACGGCGGAAGUUACGGAGGAGGCGGUGGCGGCAACGUUGAUUGGUGGGACAGCUAAGCAACUCUACACAAGAGUGCAGAGAAGGAGGAGGAGGAGUGUUCUCACCUCUCUAUCCUCCCCUGCACUCCUCAGGAGGGAUAUCCCUCUCAGAGGAGGCAAAUAACCUCGGAACCUCCUCUGGUUGCACUCCUCGGGGCGGGGAACUAUCCCUUCCUUGAGGAACUAAAUGUAGGUAGAUUGUAUAGAAAUUUCCUUGCUGACAAGUUGUAAGUCCCUGGACAAGGGGUUCCCAACCUCCCUCAACUAAUCUCGUAAACCCUGCCUUCCAAUCCUACAUCUCGGAACCUGUAGAAGAAAAACCUCAAUUCUGGACAAAUUGUGAGGCAUUAAUGAAUUUCGAAUAUUAAAAAAAGUGUUGCCUUAAUUUGAGACAUGUUGGUACAUGUAUUCGUACCUCGACUUGUCCCUCUAUCCUGCUGUAUUAAAUGGAACCCAAUGUCACGGAACAUUUUGUACUCGGCACUGCGCCCCGGUCCGGCACUGUUCAAAAUUUACAUCCUUAGCUAAUAACGGAGGAAGAGCAUUGCAUUUUGAAAAUAUCACCUUAUGUAAUAUUGCUAUAUAUUUAUAUAUCAUUAUGAUUGAUAAAAAAAAGUAUUAGUCUUUCUCGAGAAUGCCAAAAAUUAAAGUUUCUUUGAUCGUGAUGAUAAGACAAUGUACGGUGAUAAUAUUUGGUGAAAAGUAACAGUAGCAAACGCAUAGUCUCAGCCUAGUGCGGGGGUUAGUUCUGGUGGCGGGAUGAAUCGCCUCCACCUACACAGCAUCAACCCUCAAAACAUUAACGUCUACUCUUUGAAUAUAGUUGAAAACUAAACUCCGCGCAACCCAACUGUGAUACUAUGACUGUAAAUAAAGUUUGCGUUCUUCAGUUCCACGUGGAACUAUAGAUUAGGGCCAGCUCAGUGUCAAGGCUUUACCCGAAUACUGAAGCUUAAUCUCGUUUGUGUUUUUUUAUAUUUUGUUGAAAAUUGUUGAUAAAUCCGAUCUGGCAGUGCUGUCUGUUUUGUAUUAGAACGGACUCUCACAUAAUCUGCUGUGUUGGAUCUUACGCUUCUAUUCGUUGGUAAUGUUAAUCUUAUAUUUGUCAAGCAAGAAACUUUUAUGAAUAAAAUUACCAGUGCGUAA